AGGUGGGUGAGCUCAUGCGCCACAAAUCCGCCAUUAGCCACACGUGAUAUGGCGCUUCCUGCCGCUAGCUAAACGUGCAUCGGAAUUGGGACGCCUGUCGCAAAGCUUCGACUUGAAAGUCAUCAGUAUUAUUGGCUCGAAUCCAAUAUCUUUGACUGCCUACGCGAUCUGUAACAACUCACGCACAAAAUACCCGAGAUCUGAAGCGACACGACGAUAUAACGCGAUAACGAAAAAAAGCAUCAUCAGAAACAUUGCGAUAUCGUCAGUCUAAAGCGUCGUUUGCAGACAGACAGACAACGCACCCAGCCAAGGCCAUUUGAUAGCCAUUGAGGCUUUGAGGGUCACUUUUGCGCCUUCUUGACACCCUGCCGAUCGGACAAGGAGCAGCUCUUCACAAUGUCGACACGACCACCGUCAAGAGUCGUCUUCAUUGGGAAUAUCCCCUACGGCCUUUCUGAGGAGCAGAUCAUCGAGAUUUUUAAAACAGCAGGACCUGUAGAGAGGUUCCGCUUAGUCUAUGAUCAGGAGACGGGCAAACCCAAGGGCUUUGGCUUCUUGGACUACCCAGACACAGACCAUGCUUCCUCAGCAGUACGAAAUCUGAACGACUACGAAAUCAUGGGCCGCCGACUUCGAGUGGAUUUCAGCAACGAGCAAAAGGCCGGCGAUGACGAUAGGGACCAAGCAUCGUUCGGCAAUGCUGCGAGUGGGAACAAUGCGGCUUCGUACGCACUUCAGACGGGUAGCAUACCACCAUUGCCUGCGGGCAAGGAGCUUCUACCGGGCGUCAAAUGCACCGAUGCCAUCUCGCAGACUCUCAACACCCUGCCUCCGGCGCAAGUGCUCGAUGUCAUCUCCCAGAUGAAGGCGCUGGCAACCAACGAGCCGCAACGGGCCAUUGAGCUUCUGCAACAAGCACCCCAACUCGCUGCGACCGUGUUUCAGGCGCUACUUCUCAUGGGUCUUGUGUCGCCAGAGGCGAUUUCCUCCGUCGUGGACGCCGGCGCGCCCCCAGCUGCCCAGGUCCCCAACCCUGUCUACCCAGGGUAUCCUCCCGCGACGCAGACACCACCUGUCGCGGGUAUGCCCUACCCGCCACCACCACACCAAGGCUACGGCGCGACACCUGUCCCUGCGCCUGCGCCGGCAGCUGCACCUCCCGCGGCGGCUCUCCCGAACCAAGAUGAGCUGAUGCGGCAAGUCAUGGCGCUGCCUGAUGAACAGAUCGCGCUACUCUCCGAGACGGACAGGCAGCAAAUCUUGGCAUUGAGAGCGCAGUUUGCUGGGGUUGGCCGUUAAUGAAUCGUCACACAGGGAGCGAUGUCGCGAGCGUGAUGCAAGGGCUAUGAUAAUAGGAUAGCAUACGCCGAGUCGGCCAAAGCAAGGAUCGAUCCAUGUAAAUACGUGAUAGCCCGUCUACAUCGACACUUACGUUGAUGCUUCGCAAAGGCACACACCGAAGUAAGCUAGCGAGCUCGAGGUCAGGCGUUUGGGCGCAUCAUCAGAUAACAUAGGGAGGGGCCAGUGGUCACCGCAAGAUACUUACUGAAUAAUAUCCAAACACUCACAAAGCCCCCGAUGAGAUUG